AUGGCUUUGCAGACAUCUCAUCGCUCUGAAGCAUCGUCGACACCCACGCCCACAUCGAGCUCCGGCAACACCACUGACCCCAAUGCCCAGCAGACUGGCUUCUCCCCUGCAGGGUCGCCCCCUCUCAUUCUGGCCUUUCUGGCUAUCGGAUUAUUCUCAGCUGCUAUGAUCGUUGUUUUUGGUUGGCGACGAGUGCAGUUUGGUCGUGCGUGGACAUUGGGGGGUAUUCCGCCCACGGAGGAGAUUCGUUUACCAAGAGUUCUACCCAAGAAACCCGUGCUGUGGGAUCUAUGGUGCAAAGGACGUGCUGGUUGGACAGAGGUCGCAGGCAGCAGAAAGCCAGAACACAAUAUUAAGCUACAAUGGGAGAACAUGGCGCCGUUUACUGUAAGUACGGUGCCUUUGCACGAUCCGGCCGAGAACAGUAUCACCACAUAUACCCCACCAAUACGUGAUGUUUCUCUUCGCCCUCGUCCUCCCUUCCUCCCUUUUCGUCUAAGAUGGCCGAAUCAUCGGAGCAUGCCACCGCCGCCCCCAUCACCACCACAGCGACACAGGGAUUCCAUGAAAUCAAUCGAAUCAUCGCCAUCGACGACGUCGAGAUCGACACUGCAAGUAGGGGUCAUCAUCAUUAUGCCAUCUGCCCAAAACCCUACAUAUGUCAGGACAGACAGUGAUAUCAAGCGCCAUGAGCGCAACAGACAUCGAGAAAGUGAAGAGGUUGUAGAUUAUUCCAUAGGAAUAUAUGAGUGCCCGUGGGAUUAA